GUGCCAGUAAGCAGGAGGUGGUGACAUCAUCACUUCUGUGUUGUACUAUGUGAAACUGGAAGGGAACGUAUUUUUCUUCAUUGUGGCAGAGAUGGAUCCAGAAGUUUUGCGUGAACUGCCUAUUAUAAACAAUUACCUGGACGGGACCCAAAGAGAGGCCAUGGACUCCAUGAGUGGCAUGCACUUCAGUGAUAGCAACAGAAAGGUUGAUUAUGUUUUAGUCUACCACUACCGGAAACGCCUCACCCAGCACAGUCCUGGGGCUGGAUCACCAGGACCAAUACACAGGGCAGCCUCCAUGGCCAUUGUUUCAAAUGGAGAGACGAAGAAGGGCGGCCUCAAUCUGCAGCAAGACAAUGGCCAGCAUACCCCUCAGGAGGCUCAAGUGAUUGAGCUGGACCCAUUGGACACCCUGGAGGAGGAAAAACGACUGCAGAGGGAAGAGUAUGAAUGCAAUCUCGUGGCAGCUGGACUGGAGAUCGAGAAGGACAUUGAGAAUAAGAGCCAAGGACUGAACUUUGUUCGCAUUCAUGCAACUUGGCAAGUACUUAGCCGAGAAGCGGAACUCCUUAAAAUAAAAAUGCCCACUAAAAAGAUGUACGAAAUCAAAAAAGAAGAGGGAAUAAUCAAAAAGUUAAGUGAAAUAUGGUGCAAGUUGUCUGAACCUCUGCAACCCCAAGUGCCACAAGAAGAUACCAGGAUGAAAAGCCUGUCUUAUCCAUUUUCCAGAGAAAAAAUGUAUUUGUAUAACAUCAGAGAUAAAGACACAUUUUUUGACAAUGCUACCCGCAGUCGAAUAGUACAUGAGAUUUUGAAGCGCACUUCUACAAAGACCAGAAACAGCAUGGGUAUUAGCACAUUAAUAGCAAACAACGUUUAUGAAGCUGCAUACCCACUUCAUGAUGGCGAAUAUGAAUACCAAAAUGAUGAUAUGAAUGAAAGAAAGUUGCUGUAUCGAGAAUGGGCAAGAUAUGGAGUAUUUUACAAGUUUCAGCCAAUUGACCUCAUAAGGAAGUAUUUUGGGGAAAAAAUAGGACUUUACUUUGCAUGGCUGGGCUUGUAUACAGAAUUUCUCAUUCCAUCUUCAGUCGUUGGGAUUAUUGUAUUUCUUUAUGGAUGUAUAACCAUUGAGAGCGACAUUCCUAGUAAGGAAAUGUGUGACCAGCAUAAUACCUUCACCAUGUGCCCUCUCUGUGACAAGUUCUGUGAUUACUGGAACCUCAGCUCUGCAUGUUCUACAGCUCGAGCUAGCCACUUAUUUGAUAAUCCUGCCACAGUCUUCUUCUCCAUCUUUAUGGCUCUCUGGGCUACUAUGUUCCUUGAGCAGUGGAAGCGUUUACAGAUCAGGCUGAGUUACUUCUGGGAUCUGACUGGACUGGAGGAAGAAGAGCAUCCAAGACCGGAGUAUGAAACCAAACUGCUGCAGAAAAAGCUGAAAAACAAAAACAUGAAUACAGAAAAUACAAAUGAAGUAAGUUGCAGCGAAUGCAAUUCUGAGGAUGGAGAAGACAAAUUGACUUGGAAUGAUCGUAUGCCUGGAUAUGCAGCAAAUUUUGGAUUGAUUUUAUUUAUGAUUACACUGACAUUUUCUGCUGUAUUUGGUGUGAUCGUAUACCGCAUUACUACAUCAGCAGCUUUGUCAUUCAGCACAAAUGAGACAACCAGGUCAAAUGUUCGAGUGACUGUGACUGCGACUGCUGUCAUCAUUAAUCUCAUUGUCAUACUUAUACUUGAUGAAAUUUAUGGAGCUGUUGCCAAAUGGCUGACAGAAAUUGAGAUGCCAAAAACAGAGAAAACUUUUGAGGAGAGACUGAUUUUGAAGGCAUUCCUAUUGAAGUUUGUGAAUUCAUAUGCACCGAUUUUUUAUGUUGCCUUUUUUAAAGGAAGAUUUGUUGGCCGUCCUGGUCAUUAUGUGUAUGUGUUUGAUGGUUACCGAAUGGAAGAAUGUGCUCCAGGAGGCUGUUUGAUGGAACUCUGUAUUCAGCUUAGCAUCAUUAUGCUUGGAAAACAAUUGAUUCAAAACAAUCUGUUUGAAAUUGGAAUCCCGAAAUUAAAGAAGCUUUUCAGGAAGAUGAAGGAUGAAAGAACUGAACCAAAGGAAAUGGACACCAACCAACCAAAGGACCCCCAGCAGUGGGAUCUUGACUACAGAUUGGAACCUUUCACUGGGCUGACUCCAGAAUACAUGGAAAUGAUUAUCCAGUUUGGCUUUGUCACACUCUUCGUUGCCUCCUUUCCUCUGGCACCACUCUUUGCUCUUCUGAACAAUAUCAUAGAAGUUAGGCUUGAUGCAAAAAAGUUUGUUACAGAACUAAGGAGGCCAGACACAGUAAGAGCAAAAGAUAUAGGAAUUUGGUAUAACAUUUUGAGUGGUAUCGGAAAGCUUUCGGUUAUUAUUAAUGCUUUUGUAAUUGCUGUCACAUCUGAUUUCAUUCCACGCCUUAUGUAUCAAUAUGCAUAUAGUCAAAAUGGAAGCAUGCAUGGCUUCAUCAAUCACACGCUCUCAUACUUCAAUGUCAGUCAUCUCAAGGCUGGAACACAACCAGAAAACUCCCCAUUUGCACAGGAUAUUUUAUUCUGCAGGUUUAAGGAUUACAGAGAACCACCUUGGUCCCCAAAUCACUAUGAGUUUUCUAAACAGUACUGGGCGGUCUUAUCUGCUCGCUUGGCUUUUGUUAUUCUAUUUCAGAACUUGGUGAUGUUCCUCAGUGUUUUGGUCGACUGGAUGAUUCCUGACAUUCCCAAGGACAUCAGUGAACAAAUCAAAAAGGAGAAAAGUGUGCUUGUUGACUUCUUCUUAAAGGAAGAGCACAAAAAACUGAAAUUAAUUGAAAGCUUUAUCACAUGUGACAAGCGCAAACAUGAAAGUGGGACCAAAGACCAAAGAAUCAGAGCUGCAAGCUUCUCUCAGUUUAAUCAGAGUCAGAAAGGCAGCAUUGUCUCCUUCAGUUCACAGCACACAGAAGUGUGACUCCACAAGGGGGAUAACCUCUGCAAUAACGUUUUACUGUGUUCUGUGAUUCUGAAAAAAGAAAGGGAAGGAGAGACAGUUAAGGAAGGAAUGGAACAAAAAAGGACACUUCUUUUUCUUUCUUAGAAACUCCAUAUGUAAGUGUCUCUGUUACAUUUUAUAUGUUAUCUGAGCUUCUACAAUUUCAGAGUUUACCACUACAGGAUAUGGGCUAUGUUGAGCCUGUAGCUGGUCCCCAUAGUGGUGCCUAUCAACUGAGUAGGUAAGCAGGAAUGCUCCUCAUUUAUGCAGUCCCUGAAUACAUUCCUUGUGAGGAAUGGGAGAUGGAAGGGAUACUUCUGCCCUAAUAUCUGUCUUUUAGCUGAUCUGACCAACUCUAUUGAAAUGUGCACAAGUCAUGUUCUCAUGGCUUUUAGCUGUCACUAUAUGGCUGAUAACAUGUAGAGUCUUGGGGGUUGAUGUGCCUUCCUAACUUGUACUGCCACUUAGUGAUGUCACGGUAGAGCGUUCAGGGCUACUGGUAAGUGCACUGAACUUUGAGAAGAGAAGGAACUGAAAAUAACUGAGGACUUCCUAUGUAUCUCCAUAUAUAUCAUAUUUUGCUUUGACACAUAUUUUGCAGGACACUGAACGCAUGUGAUAAUAAGCAGAAGCCACAGUGUAUGCAUCAGAAUUAAGUAAAGCUGCUAGAACUAGAAAGCUCAUUGUUAUUCAUCAUCCUGAACAAAAAACUGCAUGUUUGAUUCUUUUCUCACAUAAACUUAAUUCAGACAGUAUAAUUUUUUUUGUGCUGUACUAUAUUGCUCCUUCUUCUUAUACACAUUUUCCAAAACAAGUGAUUUGAAGACCUUCUGAAACAAUGUAAUGAAUGUAGACUACUGACAGUGUAUAUAUUUGGCGUUUAUAAGUGAUUCCAAUAGGUAGGAAAAUUACAGGAAACUGUUCUUUUUAAAUACAAUUUAAGAUUUGUCCUAGUAUGAUUACUUCACAGUCACCUGCAGACAGAUGAAAAACAUCCUUGUGAGGCACAGAAGUCAUGAUACUGUAUUUUGUGUCUCAGAGAAUGCACUUGAUGUGAUCACAACAUAUCUAUUAAAAUUUAGUAGGUUUCCUCUGUAGUCACCUCAGAAAGAAAGGCACUGGCAAAUUGGGUACCCAUCUCAUCUUGACAUUGCUGUCUGAAAGAAAUGCAUGAAUCACCCCUGGGAAUUCUUGGCUCUUAUUUUAUUUUUGAAGGUCCAACAAGCCCUGUUAGGGAAUCUAAGGGCCCAUACUUUAUGUCAGCUGAUAUUAAUGACAACUAUGAUCUCAUUUGCACUACGUAGUAUUUUGGUAGGGAGAUCUGAGGGUUUGAAACUUUCUAAUUGUUGUGGUUUACAUUUCUAGUUGAUUGAUUCAAUUAACUUUCUUCAAAGCAAAAUGUCUCUGACGGGGAGAAAAGUCAAGUUUUUAAACAGCAGAAAUAACAGUCAAGCAAGAACUUUAGAAUAUUUUAUUCUCCUUUUCUUUUUCCAGAUAGGCAGAAGUACAUGCAUGGUUUAGAAUGAGUUUCACAAGUUACACUCUUUUUCCAGUAACAAACUGGAUGCAACAUAGUCAAAGUGAAGGAUCUUCUUAACAGAACCAUUUCUGCACACUUUCUGCCAACCCAGGAAAUACCCUCUUGCCUUUUAAAAAAUUCUGAGUCACUUAAAAAUGGUCAGAAAAAAAGCUAUCCCAAAAUUGAAUGCAUUAGGCACAGAAUUUCCGUAAUGAGCAACUGAAAUGCUUUCUGUGAUAAUCUAUUUCUAGAUUUCCUAGCAAAAGGAACUAUAGAAGAAGGCAGAUAUAUACUGAUGCUCUUGAGUUUCUCCUGAGAUUUAUAUAUCUCAACCAAACAAGGCUGGGAAAGAGGCACUGCAGCAAACACAGCUGAUGUCCAGAUUUGGAUCUACUAUGGUAUCAAAAGCAGGACACAGAGCUUAUCUUUACCUGUGAUAUGCUUUCUGUGUUUCUCUUAACUUGAGAAUUUCUUUCACUGAAAAUUCCUGCAUUUGCUACUUGACCUCAGUCCCUGAGGACUGCAUUCAUUGUUACACUUCUGUGGUAGCCUCUGGAUUCUUCUGAUACUAAUUUCCAUCAGUUCCUGUAACUGUAGAUCACUGAUUGAUUCUUUAUUCAUUCCCAGUUUCUAACUUUUCCCCUUUGGACAAAGAAAGACUUUAUCUGAUUCCUUUUAAUCAGUAUACUCGUAAGUCCAAACAUAAAGUACCCCCUUACUAUUACACGUAUUUCAGAAGCAAACAAUCAUUAUUUCAAGAGACAUGCAUGGAAAGCUCUCUCUAGGGAAGAGAGCAGGAAUGCAAGUAGAAAUGCAAAGCAGUUACAAAACCUCUGAGCUUUUGUGAUUCCUUGCAAUGAAAACGAGUUAAAAUCUCUGCAAAAGGAAGGAGAAAAAGAAGUAGAGAAGAAAUUUGUGCAGAUGCCUCUAAACAUUCUGUUCAGAUUUUAGUAGAUCUGUCCAAUAGUUCCAACAGUAAAGUAAGAAUAAAAACAACAGUAAAGUAAGAAUAAAACAACAGUAAGAGCAAACAAAUGAAAAUCUACAUCCCUUUGUGGAUGAAUAUUUAAUGUUACUCAGACACAGUCACAAAAUACUGAACCCACAUUCUAGGCUUCAUGUCUAGAGGCAUUAAGAGGAACAUACAUAACACAUACCUAAUUAGAACAGUGAGAACAUUAAGUAAAAAAACAUAAUAAUGACCCUAAUAUAAAGCCUUAACAGAGGUAUAACUGGUCCUGAUUACUAGGCAGUGUAAGGAGUGUAAGGAGACCUCUUAGUCUCUCUACUAGCAGAAUCUUACAGUAACUAACAGAGAUUGUUGUUCCAUGUACCACGGCUUCUCCUUUGUGCUGCUGGUGCAAGAUUAAAACAGCUUUCUGAAGUUAUUCAAGAGAAUAAAUUGACUCAGAUUGAAGGUGUCUUUGCUCCUUGCUUCUGAGUCACACUAUGAACUUAAACACCAUUCUGUUAGAGAAUCCAGAUUCAUACAGACAGAUUAACCUCUUCACAGUGGCUUUCUCCAAUUUUAAAGAGGGCUUCCAAGAAUUAAACAAAGCUGCAGGGGGAUGUUAGCCCUUUCCAUCAUGCCUUUUUAAAGGAGACUUGCCCUCUUUUUAAAGCAUCAUCACUAGUAGAAGUAUCACUGUAAUUUUCUUCAGCAUUCUCAAAAAGGAGAAAAAUGUUGUUAUCUAGACCUCUCCUGCAGUUUGAUCUUUCAUGGCAUUAAAAACUAGUUAAACAUCGUCCAGGGAAGAAAAAGGUAGACUAUGUGGAAGUAUAUCUGUUAAAUUAUUGCUUGGAAAUAUCUAUCUCAACAUGCACGGUAUUUACCACUGUUACCAAUAAACACUUCAGACUACAGGAGAGUCUGUUGCUGUUCUGUUCUGUUGCUGUUACACACUCUCACCCUUUAACUAGGCAUAGAUGGCCUUAUAUCCCACUAUUCUUUUGCUUUUGAGAAGAAAUUGCAAACAGUUAUUUGUUUGUUUAUUUAUUUAUUUAUUCGUUUGUUUGUUUGCUUGUUUGCUUUUGUGACCCAUACUUGUAGGUAACUUCCUCCACAUCAUAUAUAUUUCACAUGUCUGGUAAUAUCAAUUUUUCAGAUGUAGCAGCAGGAAUUGUUUCUACUGCAUUUUGAAGAGAAAGGAAAAGGAAGGAAGUGAAUCGCUCUGAAAGUAAUACCAAUAUUUUCCUGAAAACUACAA